AUGCUCUUCAAUCGGGAUGGGGCCAUCCCGGCUUCAUGGGCGUGGAAGAAGAUGCUCCGCUUCGUUGUCGUCUUCAUUGCCGUCGCUGGUUUCGCCGCCCUGCUCUGGCCGUCACCGAAGCACCACACGGCCCCGAUGCGCGCCACCUCCAAUAUCACCAUCUCGCCGCAAGUGCAAUGUGACCCGGAUGUCGACAUGUUGCACCGCCUGAACAUCAAGAAGUUGGCGGACUAUACCCGCCGGGAAAUUGUGGUGGACGUCAACCCGGAACCGCUCCCGCUGAAGCAGAAGGUCGAGGAGCCGCUGUGGGAUGCAAAGUUGAAGGCCCCCGGGAACAGCGAGCAGGGAGCAUUGCAGGAUGGCUGCUCGGUCAGCAAGCCGCUCACGCUCCAGAUUCCCCCGCGACCAAAGUCGACCGACGCAUCGCAUAUCGACUUCGGCGUGGCGACGACGGUAUCUCGGUUGAACGAGUCCCUGGAUCAAUUUGCACACUGGGCUGGGUACUCGCGGGCUCGUAUCUUUGCGCUGAUUGAGCCGGAUGAGACCAAAGGAAAGUCGAUCCAGCAGGUCAAGGUCAAGGCGGAGAAUUUGGGGAUCAACCUGUUCAUCACGGAAUCCGAGGACGACUACUUGCACCGGUACUUCGCUCUUAUCCCGAUCCUGGAGAGCAACAUGCGCGAGCAGACCCGGUGGGGUUGCAUCAUCGACGACGACACCUUCUUCCUCUCCAUGCCCGCGUUGGUCGACGCGUUGGGCCAUUACGACGACACCAAACCCAUGUAUAUCGGCGGUUUAUCAGAGGGUAUACCUCAGAUCGCCGUAUUCGGACUGAUCGCGUUCGGAGGCGCUGGCGUCUUCAUGUCGCGACCACUGUUAUCCGAUCUGGGCACCGUGUAUGACGAGUGCGAGCAGAUGACAUUCACCGGUGACCGCCGAAUCGCCAAUUGCAUCUACCAGUACACCACGACCCGCCUGACCGUGGACCACCGCCUCCACCAGCUGGAUCUGAUGAAGGACGCCUCGGGCUUCUUCGAGGCGGGCCGGGAACCGCCUCUGUCUGUGCACCACUGGAAGUCCUGGUUCACCGCCGACAUGCCCAAACUGAGCGUGAUAUCCGAAGCCUUCGGCGAAGACGUCCUCCUGCGCCAGUGGCAGUUCAGCGAUGAAUGGAUCCUGACCAACGGUUUCUCCGUCAUCCAAUAUAGCCUACCCCUCGACCCGGGCGACAUUACCAUGGAAAUGACCUGGGAACCGCACAACGGCGCAACCGACGAAUCCUACCUCCACGAACUCGGGCCCCUCCGCCGCAAGGACGAUGACAAGAUUAGCUUCCAGCUAGAAGACGCCGUGAUCGAGCCCAACGGCCGCGUUACACAGUGGUACAUCCAGCGCGACAAAGCGGGUGACCAAGUCUUGGAACUGUCGUGGCGAAAGAGGUGA